AUGGCCAAAUUGAAUUCCUCUAUGAAAUUUUGGUCUCUUGUACUGCUCAUUUAUUCAUUGUCAUCAUCAUGUUAUGCAGACAAAAGCCAGAAGCUUUUUUGUUCUCCUUUAGCGUACUCAGCUUGCAGCCCGGCCUCCACAGCGGAUAGAUUAAGGAAACUCGAAUCGCUGAGAGACAUUUUGAUCGGACUCGAAGACACCAUCAUAUUCUGUCUGAUCGAGAGGUCGAAAUACGCAUAUAAUCAACACUUGUACGAUUCCUCUCGCAAUGGCCUCGGAUCCUUUAUUCAGGAUUCCGAAGCUGUUCAGGCCAGGUUUGGUCGUUAUACGCUUGAAGAAGAGACUCCUUUCUCGGGAUGUAAUUUUCUACGUUCGACUCUUCCUAGGAUGAACUGUACUAAGGUUUUGCACAUGCCAGCGUCUUGCUUCAACAAAAGCAAGGAGAUAAUGACAGCUUACCUCGAUUUACUUCCGAAUAUUACUAUUAACGGUGACGAUGGGCACUAUGCGCCUGCUCUUGCGAGCGAUCUAGUUUGUUUGCAGGCUAUCUCGAAAAGGAUUACUUUGGGAAAAUUUGUAGCAGAGGCUAAAUACAAUAAAGAUCCUAUAGCUUAUAAUGCUACUAUACUUGUAAAGAACAACGAAGACGCUUUAAUGAAGUUGCUGACUGACACGAAGGUUGAAAACGAAGUCAUUCAGAGAGUGGCGAAAAAAGCAGAGAUAUUGGGACAAAACAUUGAUCCAUUCAAUACAAGUAUCGUCAAACAGGCGAAGGUUGAUCCGUCUGUAAUUUCUCGAUUUUAUGAAAAUUCGAUGAUCCCUUUGACGAAACAAGUCGAAGUCACUUACCUUCAGCAUCGUCUGGAUUAA